CUCUGCGUUUGUAAGGGGAGAAAACUCGGCAGAGAAAGAGGAGGAGGAAGAAAGGCAGGAGGGAAGGGGGAGAAAGUUGAGAGGUGAAGCUUUCCUGUGGCUCCCACUGCACUUUGCACUGGAGACCUCUCAGCCUGCCUGAAGCUUGGAGGAUGGAGACAGAGCUGCUGCCUGAGCUCCCAGUGAUGCCCGUCGGGGGCAAUGGGAGCACGCAGAUGGUGCCAGACACCGCCCUGCAGUCCCCAGGCAGGGGCACAGCCAUGUUUAUCAUCCGCUGUGUGAUCCCUUCGCUUUACCUGCUCAUCAUCACCAUGGGCUUGCUGGGCAACAUCACCCUCAUGAAGAUCUUCAUCUCCAACAGCGCCAUGAGGAGUGUGCCCAACAUUUUCAUCUCCAGCCUUGCUGCUGGUGAUCUGCUGCUGCUAGUGACCUGUGUGCCUGUGGAUGCCUCCCGGUAUUUCUCCGAGGAAUGGCUUUUUGGGGAGGUGGGCUGCAAGCUCAUCCCAGCCAUCCAGCUCACCUCCGUUGGUGUCUCUGUCUUCACCCUCACUGCCCUCAGUGCUGACAGGUACAAAGCAAUCGUAAAUCCCAUGGACAUCCAGACCUCCAGUGCAGUGCUAUGGACCUAUCUUAAAGCCAUUGCCAUCUGGGUAAUCUCCAUGCUUCUAGCAGUUCCUGAAGCAGUGUUCUCUGAACUAGCCAACAUCAAUGACACGGAUAAUGUCACCUUCACAGCAUGCAUACCAUACCCCAUGACGAACAACAUGCACCCGAAGAUCCAUUCUGUGCUGAUUUUCCUUGUGUAUUUCCUUAUCCCUCUUGCCAUUAUUAGUAUCUACUACUGUCAUAUUGCAAAGAGUUUAAUAAAAAGUGCUCACAACAUCCCUGGAGAAUACAGUGAGCAUUGCAAAAGGCAGAUGGAAACUCGGAAACGUCUGGCAAAAAUUGUUCUAGUUUUUGUUGGCUUCUUUGCUAUCUGCUGGUUUCCUAACCAUGUGCUAUACAUGUACCGAUCUUUUAAUUACAAUGAGAUUGAUCCAUCAACAGGACAUAUGGUUGUUACCUUAGUGGCCCGAGUGCUAAGCUUCUGCAACUCUUGUGUCAACCCAUUUGCACUGUAUUUUCUCAGUGAGAGUUUUAGAAGACAUUUCAACAACCAGCUUCUCUGCAGGACGAAAGCUCAGCAAGAGAGAUCAGCCAGCUACUUGCACAACUCUUCUGCUAUUCAAAUGACUUCCCUGAAAAGCAAUACCAGGAACACAGUGACUAGCAUGACACAACUGAACGGGCACAACUUGAAACAAGAAAUGUCAUUAUGAUUUAAUAGGUAUGAUUUUUGGCUGUGAAAGAUUUGAACUUUUUCUCUGCAGUUUGUAUCUCACUUUUGGCUCUCAUGCUUAGACUGAGUCCUCACAACAGAGGAUCUGUUAAAAUCUGGUGAAUCUGAGGUUAUUCACAUCUAGUCUUACUUUUAGAUAGAAGUGAAGAGUAUGUUUUAUUGAGAAAACAAAACUGACUGGCUGCAUAUUGUACUUUAAAGGAGAUGCUAAUGUAUGUUUAAUGUAUAAGAAAACAAAUCAAUGGUGUGAGUAUUAGUGUAGCUGAUCUAAUAUUGCUUUAAAAAGUGUAGAUUUUUUUAUUUUUAACUGAAUAUUGUUGCAGACUUAUGUGUUACUUAGGUUUUGCAUGAUUUUAGCUGUGCGGUGUGUACAAGCAUUGUUCAUUAAGACUGGUAGGUAUUUUGGAGCCAAUUAAGGAGCCAUUGCAAUGCUUAGAUUCUAGUUUCAGAUAAAAAAAAGUCAAAUAUCAGGUUCCACAUUUUUACCUCAUUUGAAUCUGCCAGUUUUUUUCACUUUGGCAAACAUUCAUGAUGAGAAUUUACUUUUUGAGGGUUCUGUUUGCUGUUGAUCUUGGAAGUUUAUCAGCUAAACUGAACUUCUUUUCGUGAUUAACGUCUCAAAAGAAAAAUGUCGUGUUCAACAUGCAGUUUUUCUAGAACUUGGUAUCUGAAAAUUCAUUUAUCUGAUUUGUAGGUCUGUGGCAUCAUUGGUUUAGAGUGUCUACAUGCUUUAGAUUUGCUACUACUAACUGAUCUUGAUAUCAUUACAGCUAAGAAGGACACUAGGUGUGAUGGGAUGCCUGAACAUUCAAAGAGGUAAAGUUCAGAGUUGCUUUUUCAGAGAGGGUCUGUGUCAAGGCUUCCUGCAGCUCAGAGCAGUCUCAGAGUGCAGAUGACUACCAAUCAAAACCAAACUGAAGAAUGCCCAACAGGAACAUACCUAACAUACUCUGAUCAUUAAUGAUCAUCCAGCCCAUGGGACCAGACAAAUUCUAGUCUGAAAUAACUCUCAAGUGAUGAAACAUGGGUAGCUGGCAUUGUUUGCUCAGUACCAGCUCUUUGCUUUCUAGGUCUACUCCUCUACCACACACUGUUACCAGUCUAAACAAAGCCUAAGUACUGUUGAAAAUCUCAGCUUUAGAAGACACUUUUUGUUUUCCUGAAGGUCCUUGUGCAUAAAUACUCAAUGCACUUCUGAUAAUCCUAGCUGAUAAUCCUAGCUGGGCUGCCUAAAAGGAUUUUCAAAUGUUUUUUGUGAGUCAUCCCAGUGCCACGGACCAUGCGCAGGUCUUUGCCACUAUUCCCAGGAAGUAAUUUUCAAGAUACAUGGUCAGUGAAGAGCUGGGAUCAAAACAGAAAGGAAUGGUGGGUGAGGCUGUAGUUACCAGUGACCAUCCUCUCCAGAAUAAAUUUGCUGGGAGAGCUUACUGUUCUGUCUUUUCAUUCACACUCCUCUGCCAGAGGUACCUUAUGCAAGACUUCCACAGCCAGCCUUCAGACCACAAGAAAGCAAGCAGUUCAGGUUUAAAACAUCUUUUUUUUUUUCUUACUCCUCUUUUUCUUUUUUUUUUUUUCUAAAUUGGUUUAUGUGUCAGCACAGAGAGUUAAAUAGACAAAAUGACUGAAGCUUGUUGCUGCAAAAACUCAUGUAAGGCUACCCAUAUAAAAGUUUCUAAUCUGUCUCAGGGCUGCACCAGCUUUUGCUGAAAGAGCUAAUGGGGUCAGAGCAGAUCUCUCCCCCAUAUACAGCUGCAUGCUGUCAGACUAAUGACUAUUCCCCAAGCCAGAUGCGAAGUUACCUGGGGCAGGGUCUGUUUUGGGUCUGAGCUCAAGACGGGAGAUGCUCACAAUAUCUUUCUUAGAAGAAGGGGUGGUAAUGGCAGACAAUGACACCUUGUAGAAGUAGUUUUUUUAUGGCCAGAUCAGAAGCCAAAUGUAAUUUUAAGUAGAUUUUUCUUCCAAAUUAGGUGGAAGAGCUCCAGCACAGAUCUGUCCCUGUCACAGCACUGUAGCCUGUACUUGGCAGUAACUUGUCCGAGAUGAAUAGUAGAAAGUAUAAUAGAAAUUUAGAUUGGAUUUCAAAAAUCAGUUGCUAGUCUUAUAAUUUCAAAAGCUGAUGUGCUAAUAUAGUGCAGCAGCUUACAGUUCUCUUUGUCCUUAUUAAUACACUUGCUGUUACUUAGUUCUAUUUGUAACUGUUGAACCAGCUGAAGCUCAAAAUUUCUUUCCCAAUUCCCCCACCAUCAAGGCUAGUUAUACCCCUACCCCAAUUUUUAAAGCUUCAAGAAGGUAUAUUGAUGUAAUCUGUAAAUGAUUUUAGCAAGUUACCUGAAAAAAAAUCCCCAACUCUUACCACUCAACAGGGAAAGUAACAGGUUGAAGGUCUACAUGUCAAUUAGCAUGGUCCAGUUGGUGAGAUCUAUAGUAUAUAAUGUAGUUAAAGUUGAGUGUGGCAUUCAAAUGAGAAUGCUAGAUGGCUACAGUGGUCCUAUGGCUUCAGUGGCUCCUUGAAAAACUUUAUACAAAGCAGCAGAUUGACAUGAAUUUGUAAAUCUAUCUGUAAUAGUUUAGGAAAUUGUUAUCUAUAACUGCCUAACACUGCCUCAUCCUCCUUUUUCUCCAUUCCACCUUUUCUCUUUCUCCAUGCCUCAGUUCUAUGAGCUCACAUGUCCUCAGAACUCCUCUUUAAUUUUAUGCGACUAAUUCUUCCUGGAUGCCAGCCAGAGUUUUGGAUUCCUCUCUUCCGAUCAGUCUUGAAUCAUUUUUACUCACGGAUAUUUUACACCCACAAAACACAAAAGCUUAAAGUCUUCCUUUCUUAAUUCUUGACGGUGAUCAUUGACUGUGAUAAAAUUUCUCUUUUAUUUCUGCAUUUUUUUUUCUGGUUCCCUGCUUCUCAUUUUGUUUGCCAAUCUCUCUACACAGCAUAACAUUUCAUAGGACUUCUAAAUCCAUUGUGUUUUUUAUUUCCUGAAGGCAUUUGUCUGAUGUGGACAUUACCAGGUGAUAGAGGUACCCUACUGGAAAAAUAAUAAUCUAAUUUGUAGUAGAUUUGGCGCUUGUUUGAUUCAUACUCUUCACUCAGGGCCUUACAUUGCUAUGCGAUAUGGACAGCAUGAGUCUGCCUUCUGGCAGAACUGCAAGAUACAGGCUGUUCUUUUUUGUUGUGCAGGAAAGGUAUUCCCCAACAGACUAGAACUCCUUCUUGUUAGGAAAUCAGCACAAUUUUCAUUCAUUAUUUCCCAGGCCCAAUACCCAAAGCCUGUUUUGAGUAAGUAACCUAAAUUGUAUAUGCCUUCCGUCAAAUUCUUGUGGCAUGGUAUGGGGGAAUUAGUUCAUCCGUCUGGAAUUAGUUAACCUGAAGCUUUACUAGGCAUAUUGCUAACCCAAUAAGCACAUUUUAGAAGUGUCUGUUACUGUACUUUUGUGCACAUUGUAUAUACAAGUACAGCUGUAUAUAUGAUGCUAUUUCCAGACAACGCUUCUUGCUAACAAUUAAAAAAAAAAAAAAAAAUACUGUAGUAUGCAGUACUUUCUUCUAACUGUAGUCAAAGAAAUAAAGGAAAUCUGUAAAUGAGAUCAACUUUUCAGGAACUACAUUGAGAUCUAUGCCAAAAAAAAAAGUUGUUAAAAUACUAUCUGAUUCUUCCUUUUUGGUAAGAAAACAUUAUUUCAGAAACACCAGAUCUUUUCUGUCUUCCUCUCCUGAGUUUUGAGUUGGUUUCUUUCAAAAAUAUUUUCACAAUGAUUGAGAAAACUACCAAAGUCCUUGAAAAUGAGAGAAUAGAGGUUCUCUGUUUCCUCUAUAUAAGACUUUUUUUCCUAGACUAGAGCUAGUACAAAAUAAGUCUGAUAGCAUCUUGUCACAUCACCCUGCCUGUAAUAGAAACAUUGCAAUGCUGAAUCCUGAAAGUAUGGUUGAAUUCUCAAGAGACUUGGGGUACCUCAUUUAAGAGUACAUUGUGAAAUGAUAAUUGUCUUCCACAAAAACACUUUGCUUACAAUAUAUAACAGUGUCUUUACUUUUUACAACACACCUGUCCCAUAGAUAUUUUUUAACUUAGUCAAAACAGAUUCAUGGAAAUAGAAGCAAAGGAAGAGUCAGUUUGGGAGUAAGAAAGAAAAACACUUUCUCAUAAUUUAAACAGACUCAUAGUAAGUUGAAGAUUUGCAGUGUUGAUUUCCAGUACCUUUUCUUUCUUCACUUAUUUCUAAAAUUAUAUUCUUUCAAUAGUCAGUCUUUCACUGACGUCACAACUCAGUGUCACAGAAUCACUGGAUGCCUUUGAAAAUCCAUCUGUAUGUUUGUAGUACUUGUAACAAACACAGGGCUCUACAUGGAUGCUACUAGCUUCUUCCGUCUUUCUGGUCCUAUGAUGAGUCUUCUCAUUCUCCUGCCUAGAGAGAGGCCCCAUCUGCUGUGCCAGAAGUGGGCAUAGGAGGAGGAAGAAUAAAAACAAGGAUAGACCAAAAAGAUAUGUCUUCAAAUGGUCUUUGCUGCCUCAAAGAGUGCCAGCAUGACUGCAUUUUGGCAAACACAGUCUGAAAGCUUAAAAAUUUUAAUAGGUUAGAGAUCCCUUGGGAUGCGAAUGAGAGAGAAAGACAUCUGGAAAUGUGCAUGCUAUAGCUCAAGAGCUGUAUAUUCCCAAAUAGUUAAAAAGUUUUAUAUUUCAAGAAAUAUAAAACAAAAGUAGAACUAAUUACAAUUCACAAAUACAUUCAGACACUUCUGGGAUUGGUCUUGGUCCAGUGGAGUGAAGAGGGAAGUCUGACUGAAGAAUUUGGCUCCAUGCUUUACAUAACAGCACAUUUUGCAGCAGCUGAACUGGCAGGUCAAUGCCGAAAGUAGAUCGUGUAGCCAGAACUGCUUUUGAUUUCUGUUUUGAUUUAGGCAAUUGUCUAACUCAUUUUUGACAAGGUGCCUUCAUUUCUAAUUGUUUCUGACUUAUUUCUGACUCCCUGUUCUACUGCUAUCUUGGUGACUAGCAAAAAUGCAAAAGAAUUCUGUUUGAUUUCAAUGAAUAUCAAUUAACAACUUUUAAGCCAGUAGGAAAAUAUAGUGGAGACAAUUUUUUUUUUCUUUUCUCUUUCUUUUAGGGACUAUAUCUGAGUUUUUUUGGCAUAUGAGGUAAAUUCAAGAAGUUUGGAUUUUGUAUUACAACAUGAUACACUUCAUAAAUUUCUAUAGCACUGAUUUAGAACAGAAAAGGCAUAAUAUGUGGCCAUACUUAACUAAUCUGGUGAACUGUUUUUGAUCUGCCAGGAGGGGCAUUUUGUUACUUCAUUCUUUAAACAAGGGGGAUAAUUUGUGUAUCAGAAGCUCUGUGUCAUUACUAGCUCAAUGCACUACAGAUUCACCUUGUAGUGCGAGUUUGAUUCAGAAAAGACACUUCUAUAGAGUGGACACAAGAAGAUACUAAUGCUGUAUCUCUCCCAAGAGGCAUGGCAUUGUAGCUUAGCUGUUUUUAACACUUCAUGGUUCUGAGCUGCUCCAUGAACCAGUCUGUAUUACUGCUGCCCCAUGCCACAACAUAUCUUUGCUGACAUUUGCAAUUUUGCAAGACCUUGCUCUAUAAUGUCCAUAGCAGACAGCCUGUCCAGCAUUCGUACCAUGUAGUACUUACCUGCUUGUCACAUAAGACCCUUCUCAUUUCAUUACUCUCAGCAUCUUCUCAUUUCAUGCCCAAGGCAUGUAGCAGCCAGCUUCUCACGGUAAAGGACAGGAAAAGGAGAAGCAGGACAGGAAAAGGGUGAAAGGGAGAUGUUUCAGCUGUAUCCUAUGCCUGCUUGUCCUCUCCCUAUAUGCAUAGUAGGAAACCAGCUCCACCACAGCUUUGGAAAGCAAGCUGUGCUUGACAUAGCUGACUGUAGUCCAUCUGAACUACUAACAGAAAUACCAUAUAUAGUUUAGGUAUAAAAGGUGGGUGCCUGAGAGCCCCUUGUGUUUUCUCUCUGUGCAUGGUGACUGUCACUCCUCUCACUGCAAACCCCAGACUUACAUGAAAUCUAUAAGCACACCCCAAGAUUUGUCUCCUGUUGCUGAAACUCCUUGCAGCACCUGGCUUAGAUAGCCAGCCAUUGUCUGAGUGCCAUGACUGGUUUUUGGAGCACCCCUAUUCCCAGCGGCACGUACUGUGUCUUGGCCUUUCUGCAGCACUUUACACAGCUGUGCACAGCCAUUUGCCCAGGCUGAGCUGGGGAGUGCAUUCCAGCCUGUAUUUUGAGAGAUGUCAGAGUCUGCAGUUUAUACUUAGAGCUAAGGGUGGAUGAUCUCAAGACAAUGAAAUAAAAUCAAUAUGAUCUAAAAGCACUGCCAGUUCUAAAAUGACAAAGUACCCUUACCUUCGAGCAUCCCAGUGUCUGAAACUAAAUGCUGCCAAGCCCCCAUUACUCUCAGUCCAAGAGCAGAGUUACCUAAUUUCUGUAACAGUGAACAGAUUUCAGAAGAACACAGCAUAUGUUUGGGUGGGCUUGUGAGUCUACAGCAGCUUCUCUGAUCUGAUAUUUUAGAUGCGGAGAGUGGAGCUGUCAGCAGCAGGGGAAGUAUCCAUAGGAGAGAAUGCCAGUAAUGGCAAAUGUUACAGCCUUUACUGUGCACCGGCCUCAGUUAAAUGCUUCUCCAAUGUCUAGAUGCUGUGUACUUCCAUUUCUCCUCUAGGCAAAGACAGAUGUAGUUGUCAUGUUUCAUCAUUACCAUUUCCUGCAGAUUCAGCAAAGAAAACUCAGGGGCUGUAGCAGUGCUCCACUCAGUGAAGGAAAGACACAGAUCUAAACCACCUUUGCGUAUGUAUACAGGAGCUGUCUGGGCUCCUGUGCCUCAGUCUAACAUGUUAUCUGUGGUUGCUCUGAUAGCCUGGCUCAGCUGCUGGACCUGAGCACUGACAAAGAAGGAAAAUCUAAAAUCACUGGUGCCUCUCACUUGUCUUUUGAGUGAGACAUCAUUGAGGUGGUUGUUACUUCUGGACCACAAAUUCUUCCACUCCCAAGGAACUUCUCUUUAUGCAUUGCAUGGGGAAGGAGCUAAAGAUAGCAAGAGUCACUGUAAAUCCAACAUUUCCUAAUUUUGGAGAUCUUUUCUUAGCUUCUUAAAUAAUAACCUUUUACUAUGAUUUUCUUGAAUGUUCUGUGUGAUGUCUACAGAGCAAGAGUGUUUUGGUGGGUUUAGCCUUUAUUGAAACAAAGUGGCUGGGUCACUGUGACAGCUUGUAUCACAAGAAGUCAGGUUGUAUUUUCCAGCAUACUGUCUGAUACUAACAACAGGCCCAACAACAAAUUUCAAUUAAACAUCAAAGCUUCAAAUCAGCUUAUAGCUGGACAGGAUUUAGCAGUGCCUGACCAGAAAAGCAACUAAUAAGGACAUAUUACCAAAUAAUAUUAUUAAAACCUGAGCAGAUGCAAAUUCAUGGUUUGUCUUUUUUGCCCACAAAUGCAAUAGAGAACAGAGACUUUGUGUGGAGGAGAGGAGAGGAAAUGGUCCUUUCACACUUUAUGUAUGGGAGGACCAGUGUGCUGAUGAUCGCAGCCUGCGAGAUUCCCAAAUGGACAAAUACCUGCUCAGAAGUUAACUAACUUCUCUCAAAAACGUAAAGAUUUUUUAUGAUAAUUGUAUAAUGACAGUACCAGCCUGAAUUGUGUUUAAAAAAAAAAAAAAGAAGGCACAUUGGAGUAGUUUUCUACCUGUCAACAGUGUGUAAUCAAGCAUUGAAUCCUGUUGUGUGGGAGGUUGUAGAGCCCCAUGUCCUCUGUAGGAACACCUAUUAGCUUUCUGUGGCAGCGCUUGGGUUGUGGAGGCAAGUGUGAUCUGAGAAGUUAGAUGAUGAUAUAUAGUAUCAUCAUUCAGUGACUUUUAGCUGACAAUGAGCAGAACUGUUAGCAAUUCCCAUGGCAUUGUCAGAUCUGCAAUUAGACUGUGUAAUUGAAGAUAAUAGGUACACUAAAAGUAUCUUUAAGCCUCCUGUAUGUAGGAAAAUGAAAGUAAGUAGAAGAAGCUUUCCAUUACAAAAAAGAAAAGUAUUCUACUUCUUAACAAAACACUUGUUUCGUACAGUAACUUAAUAUCUUACUGUCAUUUGGCUAGCCUGCAAAACCUGGUCAUCAUGCUGAGCAUACAGAAAAUUGUUUUUUAAAAUGUAGGUUGCUAUUUCACAGAAACCAUUUUUAAAAUACAAAAUGAUCUCUGGAGAAGAUAGCUUAAGCUUAACAAGAUAGCCUAAGUCCACAUCAAAAUUAUCUUGUAGGAAAUGCUAAUCAUGUAAAUAACGAAUUACCAUUCAAUCAUUAACAUUUCCUGUUAGACAUUAAAACAUAAGCAAUUGCAGCUAUUUCUGACUUGAAAUUUGACUAAAAAUUAUUUAGAGCAUGAGUCAAGAAGGGCCAUUUCUUCAGACCCACUGUUUGUUCACUGUUUUUUACCCUGCUGAUUCUCCGUUGUCUUGUACCUUAUUUUGUCCCUUAUGUAGAGGGAACAUGAAGAUGCUUUUUGCUCUAAGUUCUGGAUUCAUGUAAUUAACUAGUAAUCUCAGACACAAGUGCUUUGAAAGUGUCAGGAAUUCCCUGAGAGAAAAAACAAUGGAGGGUAAGAAAAUAGCCUGGCAGAGUAUCUCUGGGUGUUUGUUUUUUUAAAAAACCCCAAACUUUCAUGCUAUGGAUGAACAUAUAGCUUGGAGAUGUUUGUUAGACUUCUGUAAUAACCAGAAAUAAUGAGUUCAGAAACAUUAUUCUGGGCUCACAUCAUUGUAAUUGGGUACCAAAUAGGAAACUUUACUCUCUAUUUUGUAGGAAGUGUUUUCUGUACUAAAGAAUUAAGGUGAUACUGUUGUUUCUAAAAGAUUCAUUUAUUUUCUUCUUUACCUUUCCAAUAGAAACUUUAAAAUCAUGAAAUUUAACAUGAAUUUAU